CCAAGUUGUCCUACAUUCCGCUACAGUCUGCUGCUGCUGCUUCAGUUGCUUCGAAAAUCAGCUCGGAGAAGCAGGAGCCGAGAAGCAGACAAGAUGAUGAUGUUCAUUGCAAACAUCUUCCUCCUCUGUUUGUUGCGUGGGGCACAGCUGAAUGAAAUCUCUCAGCCUGAGGCGCUGCAAACACUGAACCUUGGAGACACAGCUAUGAUUGAAUGCUACAUAAACAGUGUACUGACAAAAAGAGUUUGGUACAAACUGACUAUAAAGAGGAGACUACAGCUUGUUGCAACUUUUAAUUCUGACUAUAAUCAUACUACCUUUACUGAUGAGCGUUAUUCAUUAAAGACUGAUGGGGUCAACAUGCAUCUGAUCAUAUCUAGAACAUCGUGGGAUGAUGUUGGAACGUACUUCUGUGGAGUAGUGCUCUUGGAUGACAUUAAGUUUGGAUCAGGGACCUUUCUGAUUCUGAAAGGUGCAAAGAUGGUCAGUCACUCUGUCGUCCAGCUGCCUCAGUCACAGUCAGUCCAGUCUGGAGACUCUCUGACCCUCAGUUGUUCAGUUCACACUGAAUGCACAGAGCAUGCGAGUAUUAUGUGGCUGAAAAACUCUGAUUAUUCUGCUCCUGAGAUGAUUUACUCCUCUGGAGAUAACAGCAGCGCUUGUCAGAAGACUAAGAGUGGAGAAACCACUUGUGUGUACAACCUUCUCAUGAGGAACAUCGGCUCUGAUGAUGCUGGAGUUUACUACUGUGUGGUGACUUCAUGUGGACAAAUGCUAUUGGGAAAUGGGACCAAGCUCAUCUGUGAGUGUUAGUAGGCUGUUAAUAGAUAUAAUGAUUAGUUAUGAAGCUCCCUUAUGAUACGCAACAUCAUCCAUGAAUGAAACUCAGUCUAACUGUAUAUAAUAUAUACACUAUGUUGCCUAAUUUUGCAAAUGAGAUGGACGCUGACCAUGUUCGUGAUUUGAUGCCCACCGUCCUGCUGGGAGCUUAUCUGGUUUUCGUAGUGUGCGUGAUCAGUAAGAGACACUGCUUCAUUGUAUCUAUACAUUUCAUCCAUUCAACAUUUCAUUAAUUAAGGACGAUUGCUGUCUUUCAGAAUCUUGUGCAUCCUCAGAAGGAUAUUCUGCUCACUGUACAAUCUAUGCAGAGGUAUCUGUUAGGCUUUCCUUUGCAUCAUACAGUAUAUACAACAUUAACAUGCCAUCAACAGUGCUGUGACUGUGUUGUAUCAUUUUCCAGGUACAGGAUAAAGAACAUCUGAUGAUCAAAUGAUCAAAAAGACUGAGAGACGACACCUGGACUGAAUGUGUGUACUCCACUGUAAAGCAGUACUAAUGAAUGCUUUGUCUUCUCUUCUGUAUUUUUAAAAUGGCAUCUUACUAGUGUGGCGCUUUACUUUUAAUAACAUUACGUACAAUCAAUGUACAGCUUUACCCUGCA